UUCAACUUCCAACAGCGCCGAACCGUGUGAUGAAACCAAUUUGAAAAGCAAAGAUUUCCCUCUCAUUCUUCAGUCCAUCUUUUCCUGGGGAAAAAGAAGCUAUGGUUAUGAUCCCGACAGAUUUGAACAAUUCCUCCUACGCUAACGACCCUCUCUACCCAUGGCUACUGUCGAUAGAAAAGGAAUUGGACGACUGGUAUUCAGGGAACCGCUCUGGUGGAGAUCUCGACAAUCUUUUAUCAGAUUGUAUCUCCACUUUCAAGAACAAUGCCCAAUACAGAAACGACCUUAGAUUUCUUAAGAUUUGGUUCCUUUAUUUAGAAGGAAGUAAAGAUUACGAAAAUAUUUUUAGAGAAAUGGAGGAGAAUGAGAUAUGUAUUGGACAUUCUCUACUUUAUGAGUGGUACGCAUAUUUUCUUGAAGCCAAAGGGAAGUGGAAGGAAGCACACAUCAUUUAUCAUAUAGGCAUUUCAAGAAAAGCUGAGCCAAUUGAGAAGCUAAAGUGGGCACAAUCCUUAUUUGUCAAAAGAAUGUCUGAAAGGCUUAAUACUUUCUCACUUGGGAAGGUUGACGGAGGUGAACAAGUUGAGGUUGGCAUGAAACUUAUUAAUCCAUGGUCUGCCUUCAUCCUUGAAGAGCUUUUAAAGAAGAUACAUCCACGAAUCACAAAAUAUGAUGGAUACCACCUGAGUAAGAAAGCUUACUCUGGAAAAGUGGCCUUAUCUUCUUUGAAGAAAUCAUCAAGGAAUAAAAUUAUUGAGAUAGGCGGAAAGAAGUAUCAGAUCAAGGGGUGUGCUGGUCAGGGUGGCUUUGCUCAAGUAUUUAAAGCGUAUGUCGAUAGCAAUCCUGAUGAUGCUGUUGCAUUAAAGAUACAAAGGCCUGCUUUCCCUUGGGAAUUCUAUAUGUACCGUCAACUUGAUGAACGCAUCUCAGGCAAACAGAGAUCAAGCUUUGGUUUUGCUCAUAAAAUUCAUAUCUAUUCUGAUUGUAGCAUACUCAUAUGUGACUAUCUAGCUCAUGGGACACUUCAGGAUGCCAUUAAUUCUUAUGUAGUUACUGGCAAGUUCAUGGAAGAGGUAUUGUGCAUUUAUUACACUACAGAGAUGCUUUACAUGUUGGAAACUCUGCAUAGCGUUGGCAUCAUUCAUGGUGAUUUCAAGCCUGAUAAUCUUCUCAUUCGCUAUUCUAAGGAUGACCUCUCAGAAGAAGGGUUUAAAGAUCGAACUGACUCUUGGCUUGAUCAGGGUCUUUACCUUGUCGAUUGGGGGAGGGGGAUUGAUCUGCAACUUUUUCCCAAGAACACAGAAUUUACCGGUGAUUGUCGAACUUCUGGGUUUUGUUGUAUUGAAAUGCAAGAGAAAAAACCAUGGACCUUCCAGGCAAACACAUAUGGCCUAUGUGUUGCUGUCCAUAUGAUGCUGCAUAAUACUUACAUGGAAGUUGAAAGAAAAACCUCAGAUGGUGGCUACAUUUAUCUACCAAAAUCAUCUUUUAAACGAUAUUGGAAUGUUGAGCUAUGGAAGGCCCUGUUUACAAAGCUGCUUAAUGUUAAGCCAGGCAACAAUGACAUAGAGUUGUUGCGUAGCUUGAGGAAGUCAUUCCUAGACUACAUGCAUGACAAUCCCCUUCUUAUAAAGAAAUUAAAAGGGUUGCUAGUGAAACAACGGGGUACCCUGUGCUCGGCUUAGUGCACCUCUCAUCAUCAUUAUUCGUGCACAAAUUUCGCAACAAUAGUUGCAACCCAGAACAGUUUUAAAUUGUGAAAUCUCUUGAUUUCACUAUAUAAUCUAUGUACAGAGCAUAAAAUCCAACUUAGUUUAGUGUUGUAUUACUGUAAUAUACUAGUAUACUAGAAGAAUUUACAGUCUGGUGGAUAUAGUUGAUAGCAAAACUCUCUUUCCAGGGAAACCUUACAAGAGAAUUGAUUUCCUGAUACGUAUUGCAAGCUAUCCAGCUGAAAUUUCUGAGAAUGAACUGCUACUAAACUCCUUAUGCUAAUUAAUAUUAUAGUUUUGGUAGUUA